AGACAACUUCGAAGAGCCACGACUUGACGCGGCGUCUCGCAUCCGCUCGCCACACCCAAAGCGCAAACAUGUCCGUCGUUGCAGUGGCCGGUGGCCUAGGCGACAUGGGCAGCCUCAUCACCAAGGCCCUCUUCGACACGGGCAAGCACGAGGUCUACGUCAUGACGAGAAAGUUGCCCCAAGACCGUUCUGAGCGCACAUCGCCCGUGACGGGGAACCGCUACCUGCCAUUCCUCGAGACGGAUUAUUCCUCCGAGGAGGCCCUCGCCGAGCAGCUCGCCAAGCACAACGUCAGCGUCGUCAUCUGCGCCUUCAGCCUGCACAACGACUCCGCCGCCGACGCGCAGGUGCGCCUCAUCCGCGCCGCGGACCGGACACCCAGCGUGCGCCGCUUCCUGCCCUCCGAGUUCAACGUCGACUACGACCUCGGGGACGAGGUGCUCCCUUAUCCGGACAAGAGGCUGCAUCUGGCCGCGCGCAGGGCGCUCGAGGCAACGACGAUGCUCGAGUACGCGUACGUCUACCCGGGCAUGUUCAUGGAUUACUUUGGGCUACCGCGCGUGGAGAGCCACCUGCGCGAGCUGUGCUUCUUCAUCGACCCCGUCGCGGGCCAGGCGGUGCUGCCGGGCGACGGGGAGGCACGCAUGAGCAUGACCUUUACGACCGACGUCGCGCGAUACGUGGCGCUGGCGCUCGAGCUGCCCAGAUGGCCGCGGGUGCUGACCACGGCGGCGAGCACCAUCUCGUUGAACGAGCUCGUCCGUCUCGCCGAGGUGAACCUGGGACGGAAACUCAACGUGCGCUACCAGCCCGUCGAGAAACUCCGCAGCCACGAGAGCAUCGACUUGCCCACCAACGUGGACAUUGCUAAGCGCUUCCCUAAGCGCUUCCCCGGUGGGCUCGAUCAGCUGCGCGCGCUGAUUGCGGACCUCGAAGCGGGCGUGGCCCUCGGCGCGUAUGACUUGGACAAGCUCGAGGGUCACUUGGACCUUGUCAGUGCAUUCGAGGGCAAGACACAACCGCCCAAGAGGAUUGAGGCCAUGAUGGCGGAGGCGUGGAAGCACGAGGCGUAGUCGCUUACAAAAAAGUUGAUUCAGCUCGUCACUUUGGUCACGUUCAGAUUAUUCAGUAAAAAAAAAGGGGGGACAUUCACAAGAAGAGC